AUGUCGAAGAUGGUAUCGGUCGCCAACUACCACACCCCAGGCAUUGCGGGUCGGAAGGGUCUGGGGAAGGCCACGCCUCUGGCCAACAGUUUCUCGCUGAUCGAGUACAACCAGAACCUGCGGUUCCUGAUCAUGGACUGCCCGACGAACAGCACCAUUCCCCUGUAUCUCAAGCCGACCUAUUCAAAGGAGCGGCUGAACAGCCACAAUGUCCAGGUCCACCCUCCGUCGUCGGUGCUGAAGAAAUGGCUGGAGCUGGUGACGGAGCGGCGCGACCAGGCGAUGCUGCAAGGCGAGGUGCAGCCGGUGCCGACCACGAUAGCCGUGCACUGCAAAGGCGUGGAUGUACUGGAUGCAAUUGAGUUUGUGCGGCGCAAGCGGCGCGGCGCCUUCAACAACAGGCAGAUCACGUACCUGGCGGAUCCAAUUGCGGGCGGGCUGCGGUCGAGCCCCGUCAACAGCGCGUCGGGAACGCCGGCGUCGGGCAGCCCGCAGGUCAAGACGAGCAGCAUCUUCGUGCCGUCAAACUCGUCGAACGGGCACAAGUCGUUCUUCAAGAAAAUGUUUGGCUCACAUUGA